UGGCAACAUAGCUUUCUGGUGGAACACCAUGUUUUGUUUAGUAGUUGGAAGUUGGAACACUUUAAAAGUGGUUUUACUUAUAAAUUGCAUAUUUAUGUUUAUUUUAAUAAUUCUUAAGUUGAUGUAAUUAUGUAUUGAGGAUAAAUCUUCUUUAAUCGAAUUCAUUGGCCGAUAAACAGAAAGUGUGAGAUUAGAAAAAAGCGAAAAGGCAUAUUUUCAAUUUGGGAUUUUCAUUUUGGGAUGAGACGUCUCCUGAUAACAAAUAUCGAUUACGGAAUAAUGAAACAAACUGUUCGAAUUUGUAACUCAUUGUUUGUACUAUAAGCUAUAACAAAUACAAUUACUCAGAAAAGAUAGUGCACAUGUUUACAGUUAUGUGGUUAUGAAUCUGUUUGUUCCAUAACAGUACUUAUGCUUAGAAGUAAAAUGUAAGUGGUAUUUACUAGAUUUAAGUUUAUUUUGUGGACUCUGAUAACUAUGAGCUAGAUCGUGUGGCCUAAUAUGUGGAUUCUUAUACUUUCUUGGUGUGCUGGUGUUUGUUUUGUUAUGACAUUAAUAUUUUGCGUAUGUUGGAGGAAGAGAUCCCCAAAGGAAGACUGGCAUGGACCAGAUGGUAUGGUUACUCAAAAGAAUCCCGAUGAAAACGUUAAUCAUUUGCCCUCCGCAACAAUAUGUGCUGUUGAUGGACCUACAAGUGAAGAUGUUUCUAAUUUGAGUAAAAGAGUAAUCAACAAUUCGAGAAGAAGUUUACCAGAUAUACCUUCCGACCAACUGACAAAUGUCAAUUGGGAUCCGACGGAUAAUUCAUCGGAACAUUAUGCCACUGUGGGACAGUAUCAACAAGCGGCUAAAAGACACACCAUAGCUAAUGGAAUUGAACAAAGACCUAGCGUAUCUCAGCACAGCUCGAUUAGUCAAAACGAUGAGAAUUUUUCUCCUUAUGAGCGCGUUAAAUACGAUAAAAUCAAGUCUAAAGAGCAUCCCUAUGCUCAGCUCCAACCAAAUUCUACUCGCCCAAUGUUACCUGAAGAAGUCGUUGGUACAUCUGAAGAAAGAGUAAAUUUGUUAAGGUCAGACGUAGCUGCAGCUGAUGAACCCACCUCUCCUAACCGAUCAAGGAGGUCGUCCUUGCAUAGUAACGGAGGUUUAGAUAUACCUGCAGCUUCAGCUGUUGCUGGAGUCGUCGCAGCUAGUCCUGAACUGCCUUAUAUGACACCGCCUGUGACUCAAGCUAAUUUUAGCGGUGAUUCACAGGAUUCUUCAAAAGGAUACACAAGCAUAAGCGUUAGAGAACCAUUGGCAAACAUUAUCGCUCAAACUAACGAAUUGAAAAAGACGAAAAGAGAUUUUACAGAUCCGCAUUAUUCUACAGUAUCCGAUGAUUCAGAUGAUGUUUAUACGACAAUACCAGAUCCAAAUAAUCCUAUAUACACUAGCGAAAGUGAAACUUACGCUCGAAUACCACCUUUGCCGAUAACCGUUGAAGUGGAGGUAAAUGCACCACCUCCGGCGCAUUUGCAAAUCCAACAACCGAUCGUAUCCAAUGACGAAUUUUACGAAUCGCCGCCUCAACCUCCUCCCGUCGACAGUUUGAAACAAGUAAAAGCUCAAUCGCAAAACCAAACGACCUAUUCUCACUCAAGACAGGCAUCUUCUUCGAGUUCAAUAACGAAUUUGGGCUCGCCAAAGCCCGAGAAACGCCAGGCGAAUUCUCCCCUACCUCCUCCGCCUACUGUGUCUAAUUUCGAUUUCCACGCGGAUAAGUUAGUAAAAAACGUCGAUGAUCUCUACGCCAAAGUUCACAAAAAUAAGAAGGAAGAUGCGAAUGCCGAGAAGGUAGAAAAGCGAAGUAUUUCGCCGGAGAAUAGCGUCCGAACGUCAUUGGAAAACCAAAUUCACGAACGACGAAUCAAAGAACACAAUUACGAGACAUUGAAAAAAUCUUCCAGCAAAGCCAGUGAUCCGGGUUAUGAAAGGAUCAAAGGCAGCGAUGAGCCUGGUUAUGCAAGUAUUAACGGGCCGGAGAGCCUACCUAGCUCCGAUCCAGGCUACGAAGUACUUAAAAAUAGGGUACCAUCGGAAUUCGAUCCGAAUUACGAGGAACUGAGACACCGUGUAUCCAACGCCAGCGACUCUUCGGAUUACACUAAAAUUAGGGAUCUAAGUGACGGUUAUUCCAUCGUCCGAAAAAAUAAAACCAUUAUCGACGAGCCGAAUUACGAAAGUAUGAAGAACGAAGAAUCGAAUUACAAUGGUUCUAAGUCGAAUAGCAGCGAAUCCGAUCCGAAUUACGAAUCGGUGAAUCACGGGGAUCCUAAUUACGAAAGCGUGAAGGAUUUAGAUGAUCCUCCUUACGAACGGUUAGAUGAAGAUUCCAGCAGGACCAAUUCCGAUCUAUCUGGUUGUGAUAAAAUGAAAAAGAUCGAAUUGGAAAAGAACGAUACUUCGGAAAGUUCGAAUAGUUUAGGAAAAUCCUCAUCAGAGAAAACCGAUCCGCCCUAUGAGCAGUUAAACAACGAUACAGAUUCCGAGGUUCCUGGUUACGAAAAAAUCGGAAGCAGAUUGUCAUCCUGUAAAAAUACGCCCGUCAGUCCUACAAACCGAACUAAUUCCAUUAACAUACUCGAUGAUGAUGGAAUUGUACAAGUUUAGUGAUGUAUUUUAUAGGUUUUAUACAGAAUUCGGCCUAAGUUUUGUGUGAGGUGUUCUCCAAAAAACGAAUUACAAAUUAUGAUACGUGUCUCUUUCAAUACUGAAAUAUUUAAAAUUGUUUAAAAAUUUAACAAAAUAUAUUAUGUAAGCCCGUACUACGAUAUCAAUUCUAAUAAUUUCAAAAUUGCUAGAAAUGUAUUUUUUUAAAUACACAUCACAAUGAAUUUAUACGUCACUAUACUUUAAGGUUGCACUUUAUUUAAUAACUAGAGAGAAGACUUUUUAAAUAAGUUUACGAAUUAUGAAAGCAGUAUUAAAAUAACUCUGUGUAAACUAACUAAAAUUUGGAUAAAACAUAAAAUAUUUUAUUAUGUAUUCAACUGCAUUUAUUAACAAAAUGAGCUCCAGAUUUCUCGAUUCUGCAUCUAUUGUAGAAGAUAUAAAAAAAAAUCAUUACAAAAGUUGUAGAUCUUAUAAAGCUGCAUCUAAAAAUUAGUUGCAUAGGCCACAUUUUCAGGAUAUCUGCAAUGUUGUGAAACUUGAAAUUUAUUUUCAAGUCAGUCCAUUUUGUUUCUACAGAGUCGUAAACUUAGUACGAUUUUCAUGGAAAAAUGGUCAUAACUUUUAAACCACUCAGUAUAAUCAUACAUAAUAUUUUUUUGGAAAGCUGAAAACGAGCUAAAUUCGAUUUUUGAAUAAAAAAGCAGGGUGUUCCAUUUAAAAAUGUAUAAGUUUGGUCUACCACGGAAAAACGGGAGACUCUGUAUAAUUAGUUUUAAAAUAUGCAGCUUUAAAAGAUAUACAACUUUUGUACUGAACUUUUGUAAAAUAUUGUACUGAAGUUUUUUAUAUCUUCUGCAAUAACAGGUAUAUUGAGCUUUUUCUUACUUAUGUUCCACCCUGUAUGUACACUAUCUAGUUUCUAAAUAAGGUGUAAAAAAAAAUAUAUUAUUUUUAUAUCUAAUUUUUUGGGAACACGCUGUGCAUUAAUAUAUACUUAAUACUUAAAUAUUUUUAUUUACCAAAAGGCACAAUUUGUGAAUUUACGUGAAUGUGAUGUUAUUUCCUUUUUUAUUAAAUACGAUUUGAACGCUUAUCAUAUAAUGCUCAUGGUACGUAAAUAAUUAUAACGAAUAACACUAAAAAAAUCUGCUAAACCAAAGUAGAAAUUUUGUUAUAAUAAAUAAUGCACAAUUUAUUAUAGUUAAUAAAAUCAUUCCGAAAAUUAGUUUUCCGUAAGAAUAAAAUGAACUGAAACAAAAUUUUUAAUGCUUUGAAAUGUCUGUGAUUGCUGUAAUAAACACUAAUUAUUUAUGAACAUAUGAACUUGGUAGAUAUAACUGUUUUUAUUUUGUGUUGUGCCAAACGUUCAAUGUUUUAAUAGCCUUAUUUUUAAAAUGCUUCGCAAAUUAAUUGCAUUUAUAUAGAUUUUUUUGUUGUAUUAAAGAGUAAUAUAUUUCGAGAUAUUUUAUAUUAUACGUAUC